AUGUCGAAGUCAAUUGAGCAAUCCAACGAAGGACCCGGUUUAUCCGGGGGGAUACUUGGAUCGAUUGAUAGGGCGAAGACCGGCGUGAAGAGGAAGAUAGAGACGAAGACAGUCGAGACAAAGUACAGAGCGAUAUUAGCCGUGGAAAAGGGAGACAGGUCAAAAUCUGACAUUGCUAGAGAAUUCGGCAUCCCAGCAAAUACUUUAUCGACAUGGUUGAAAGCAAAAGAAAAGAUCAUGACUGCAUACAGCAACGAUGGUAUAAGCCCCAGCAGAAAGAAGGUAAGAACAGCCAAAUAUGAAGACACCGAGACUGCGCUACUAAAGUGGUUCACGCAUGCCCGAGACAACAAUCUUCCGGUAACCGGCCCGAUGCUGAAAGCUAAAGCCAAGGAUCUGGCCGAGAAGAUUGGAGAGCAGAACUUCGCCUGUAGCACAGGGUGGCUAGACAGAUUCAAAGACCGACACAACAUCAGCUUUAAGAAAAUCUGCGGCGAAGCUAAAUCUGUAGACAUCGCCAGUGAUGCAAUGACAAAGUGGGCCGACGACCUCCGCGUCAUUCUGUCCGAGUAUCAGCCCCAGGACAUAUUUAAUGCUGAUGAAACCGGCAUAUUUUUCCGACUGCUACCCAACCGUACUCUCGACUUCAAAGGAACCGACUGCCAUGGCGGGAAACGGAGUAAGGAGCGGCAGACUCUCCUCAGGAUCUCGGACGAUCUCAUUCGCGAGGACCUCAGAGCCCAGACCAAUACCAGGACUCAAUCAAAGAUAUCAGACUACUUCAGUGACUUUGCGUGUCAACGAAACAGUGAACAUUGA